AGAUUACAUGAUGGAAUUCACAUUUUCUGAAGAAAAGCUGCAUAUCUCGGAUCAAUACCGUUGAAGAUAUCUUACGAUUGCAACGACUGAAGCAGGGUCCUGUAACAAAUUUGUUGAAAGAACACAUACAAUGGAUCUCAAAGAAAGCUGCCCAAGUGUUAGCAUUCCCAGCUCUGAUGAACACCGAGAGAAAAGAAAAAGAUUUACUGUUUACAAAGUGUUGGUCUCGGUUGGCAGAAAUGAAUGGUUUGUCUUCCGACGGUAUGCAGAGUUUGAUAAACUCUACAAUACGCUAAAGAAGCAAUUUCCCACCAUGAACCUGAAGAUUCCAGCUAAAAGAAUAUUUGGAGAUAAUUUUGAUCCUGAUUUUAUUAAACAGAGAAGAGCAGGACUGAAUGAAUUCAUUCAAAAUUUAGUUAGACAGCCAGAGCUAUGCAACCACCCAGAUGUUAGAGCCUUUCUUCAGAUGGAUAACCCAAAACACCAGUCGGAUCCAUCUGAAGAUGAAGAUGAAAGGAGCAGUCGGAAGUUAAAUUCUACCUCACAGAAUAUCAACUUGGGACCAUCUGGAAAUCCUCACGCUAAACCAACAGACUUUGAUUUCCUGAAAGUUAUUGGGAAAGGCAGCUUUGGCAAGGUUCUUCUUGCAAAACGAAAACUGGAUGGGAAAUACUAUGCUGUCAAAGUGCUGCAGAAAAAAAUUGUUCUUAAUAGGAAAGAGCAAAAACAUAUUAUGGCUGAACGUAAUGUGCUUUUGAAAAAUGUGAAACAUCCAUUUUUGGUUGGAUUACAUUACUCAUUCCAAACAACGGAAAAGCUUUACUUUGUCCUCGAUUUUGUUAAUGGAGGAGAGCUGUUCUUUCACUUACAAAGAGAACGUUCCUUUCCUGAGCACAGAGCCAGAUUUUAUGCUGCUGAAAUAGCCAGUGCACUGGGCUACUUACACUCCAUAAAUAUUGUGUACAGGGAUUUAAAGCCAGAAAACAUUCUCCUAGAUUCACUAGGUCACGUCGUGUUGACAGACUUUGGACUUUGUAAAGAAGGGAUUGCAAGUUCUGAUACCACCGCAACUUUUUGUGGGACACCAGAAUAUCUUGCACCAGAAGUCAUUAAAAAGCAGCCCUACGACAACACAGUAGACUGGUGGUGCCUUGGUGCAGUUCUUUAUGAAAUGCUUUAUGGGCUGCCUCCUUUUUACUGCCGUGAUGUUGCUGAGAUGUAUGAGAAUAUUCUUCAUAAACCGCUAGUUUUGCGCCCAGGAAUCAGUCUUACAGCCUGGUCUAUUCUGGAAGAACUUUUGGAGAAAGAUCGGCAAAGCAGACUUGGAGCAAGGGAAGAUUUUCUUGAAAUUCAAAAGCACCCAUUUUUUGAAUCUCUCAGCUGGACUGACCUUCUUCAGAAGAAGAUUCCGCCACCAUUUAAUCCUAAUGUGGUUGGACCAGAUGAUAUUGGGAAUUUCGAUGCGGUGUUUACAGAAGAAAUGGUUCCAUACUCCAUUUGUGUUUCUUCUGAUUACAACAUUGUUAAUGCCAGUGUCCUAGAAGCAGAUGAUGCAUUCGUUGGAUUUUCUUACGCACCACCUUCUGAAGAUAUGUUUUCCUAGGUAGCUAGAAGCCAACAGUGCUUUGGAAGUCUUGCGGUGAACUGAAAUGUUAGGGUUAUGGACACAUUCCAAAAUAGCGAAACUAGUGCCUCGUUUUGUAUGUAGGUUUGAAACCUAUGAACAAACUUUCUGUGCUGUAUAGGAGGAAUUUGGGCAUUUUGGAUGGCUGGCUUUGAGGUUUGAACUGUUUGUUCCUGCUGCAGAAAAUAUUUUUUAAAACCUUUAAAAAACAUUCUCUACGUAUUUUUUAAGCAAAAACACUGACUUCUCCUCAGUCCCUUCAAGUUUACAUUCAUACCUAUCUAAGAUUUGGCUGACACAGACAGCAGCAAUUUUAGUAAAUUUAUAAAUGCUUUGUACCUAUUUACAGUGACUUUGUGCUUGAAUUGUAACUAUGCAAAUUGUCUUUUGUAUAUCCUGGUUUAAAAAAAGUAAAUGUUUUCCCUGUUAUAUCAGUUUGAAUUAUAUAUUAAUUUACCUGUCAGCACUUAAAUGAGAGGUUAAUAUAAGUUAAGACCAAGAUUCUUAAAGGACUUCUACAGAAUGGAAAGUUGGUCAUGUAAAACUGGAUUGUUGCUCUUGCACUUGCUAAAGUACCCAUUCACUCAACUGGAUUGUCUGUGGUAUGGGGGAUUACUCAAAGCAAGGAUGGAACAAAUUAACUGGAUUGAUUUGAUAACAUUACUGAUCAUGAGUUCUGCUUUUCUUUCCUCCCUGACAUAAAUAUGUCUAUAUAUCAAGUACAUACAAAUAUUUU